AUGAUGAUUUGGGAACCAAAUUGGACUCUUAAUGCCACACCACCCCCCACCCACCACACCACGGCCCUCACCACACCACCCCCGCCCGCCACACCACGGCCCUCACCACACCACCCCACCCGCCACACCACAGCCCUCACCACACACCCCGCCCGCCACACCACGGCCCUCAUCCCCCCCCCCCCCCCCCGCCCGCCACACCACGGCCCUCACCACACUACACCCUGCCCCUCACCACACCACGGCCCUCACCACACCCCGCUCCUCACCACACACACCCACCUGCCACACCACGGCCCUCACCACACACCCCGCCCGCCACACCACGGCCCUCACCACAUCCACCCCGCCCGCAACACCACGGCCCUCACCACACCACCCCACCCGCCACACCACAGCCCUCACCACACCCCGCCCGCCACACCACAGCCCUCACCACACCCCCCACCGCACACCACAGCCCUCACCACAUCCACCCCGCCCGCCACACCACGGCCCUCACCACAACACCCCACCCGCCACACCACGCCCUCACCACACCCCCGCCCGCCACACCACGGCCCUCAUCCCCCCCGCCACACCACGGCCCUCACCACACUACACCCUGCCCCUCACCACACCACGGCCCUCACCACACCCCGCUCCUCACCACACACACCCACCCGCCACACCACGGCCCUCACCACACACCCCGCCCGCCACACCACGGCCCUCACCACAUCCCCCCCGCCCGCCACACCACGGCCCUCACCACACCACCCCCGCCCGCCACACCAAGGCCCUCACCACACCACACCCCGUCCGCCACACCACGGCCCUCACCACACACACCCCGCCCACCACACCACGGGCCUCACCACACACACCCCGCCCGCCACACCACGGCCCUCACCACACCACACCCCGCCCCUCACCACACACACACCCGCCCCUCGCCACACCACGGCCCUUACCGCCUCACCCUCACACUGA